CAAGGACAUAGUGCAUUUUAAGGGACGACCAAACAAAACGAAAAUGGCCGCAAACAAGGAACCGUUCUUUGGUUACAAUUUUCUCCGCGCCCUUUGUCAGAGCUCGUGGGAGCUGAUCACUGCCUCAAGACAGAAGAUAGGACUGCUUCUGUCCGUCAUAACUCUGGCACUGAGUGGAGGGACGGUGGCGGGGAUGGCGUUCGAUAGGGACCUCAGACCUCUACAGAACUACAACAAAGAAUCUUGUGCACUUCAGGCGUCCUUUGGGUUGAUUAGUGUGGGUUCUGGGAUUCAGCUUCUUCUGAUUCUGUAUCUGCUGUACGAGUUUUUCAAAACGAGGCUCAGCAAGACACGAGUAGAUGACUACCACAUCAACGUAUCUGCUAAUUUUUUAUCCUUGCUGGCUCUGACUAUCGGUAUGACGAUGUACGUUACUCUGUUGACGUCUACUAUGGAUUUCUGGUACUAUUUCUUGGGUUGGGACAGCGUGGCCUUUACCCUUAUUAACACUUUCCUCUGGUUUGUGACGGAGUACUAUCAUCGCCAUGCAGAGAGAUACUUAACCUACAGAGAAAUGAAGGACGAUGUUUCUUAUCUGUCUAGUAGCGAGGAGGAUGACGGUUAAAUUUAUCGCAGGGUACCAUUUUAGAACCCGUUAUGUAAUAUACACAAUAAAG